AUAAGAGACCGGAAGUGGCGUUUCAUACGCAUGGCGCUAUUUGGAAAAAGAGUAACUUGCUAGGAGCUAAACGGAUUUCUACUUAUAAUUUUGUGCAUCAUUCAUUUGCUGUAGCAGAAUACAGUUCUCUGUCAAAUGGAGGCUGAUCUGUACGACGAAUUUGGCAACUACAUUGGCCCAGAGCUUGACUCUGACGAUGAUGAUGAGAACGACUUGGAUGCAGAGGACCGAGAUGGAGAUGAGGGCAACGUGGAAGAUGAUGAUGAGCCGGCCGAUGCCGACGAGGACGUGCCCGGCAUGGAAGUGGUACUGCAUGAGGACAAGAAGUACUAUCCGACUGCCGAGGAGGUGUACGGGCCAGAAGUGGAAACCAUCGUCCAGGAGGAGGACACGCAACCUCUCACAGAGCCCAUCAUCAAGCCAGUACGACACAAGCAGUUCACCCUGAUGGAGCAGGAAUUACCAACUACAGUUUACGACAUGGAAUUCCUCGCCGACCUAAUGGAUAGUCCUGAGCUGAUCCGUAACGUCACCUUGUGUGGUCACCUCCACCAUGGCAAGACCUGCUUUGUGGACUGUCUGAUUGAGCAAACACACCCGGAGAUCAGGAAGAGAGAUGACAUAGAUCUCCGGUACACAGACAUCCUCUUUACCGAACAGGAGAGAGGCGUAGGCAUCAAGAGCACGCCUGUCACAAUGGUGCUGCCUGAUUCCAGAGGCAAAUCCUACCUGUUAAACAUCAUGGACACGCCAGGUCACGUCAACUUCUCAGAUGAGGUCACAUCCAGCAUCCGCAUCUCGGACGGCAUCGUCCUCUUCAUCGACGCGGCCGAAGGAGUGAUGCUGAACACUGAGCGGCUGAUCAAGCACGCCGUCCAGGAGCGCAUGGCCAUCACCAUCUGCAUCAAUAAGGUGGACCGGCUCAUCGUGGAGCUCAAGCUGCCGCCCACGGACGCCUACUACAAACUCCGCCACAUUGUGGACGAAGUCAACGGUCUGCUUAACACAUACUCCACCGAUGAGAACCUGGUGGUUUCUCCUCUCUUGGGCAACGUGUGCUUUGCUAGUUCCCAGUACAGCAUCUGUUUCACCCUGGGCUCCUUUGCAAAGAUCUAUGCAGACACUUACGGUGAUGUCAUUUACACUGAAUUUUCCAAGAGACUCUGGGGGGACAUUUAUUUUAACCCCAAAACGCACAAGUUCACCAAGAAAGCUCCCACCAGUAACUCCCAGCGCAGUUUUGUGGAGUUUGUCCUAGAGCCACUCUACAAAAUCCUUUCACAGGUGGUGGGAGACGUGGACACGUCCCUCCCCAGGGUUCUGGAUGAACUCGGGGUCCACCUGAGCAAAGAAGAACUGAAGCUGAAUAUCAGGCCACUGUUGAGGCUGGUGUGCAACCGCUUCUUUGGAGACUUUACUGGCUUGGUGGACAUGUGUGUGCAGCACAUCCCCUCACCACAGGAGGGCGCUCGGAACAAGAUAGAGCACACUUAUACUGGAGGUCUCGACUCUGACUUAGGGGAGGCCAUGGCUGAGUGUGACCCUGAAGGUCCUCUGAUGUGCCACACCACCAAGAUGUACAGCACAGAGGACGGCGUUCAGUUCCACGCCUUUGGCCGCGUGCUGAGCGGAACCAUCCAGGCGGGCCAGCCCGUCAAGGUGUUAGGCGAGAACUACACCCUGGAGGAUGAGGAGGAUUCCCAAGUCUGCACCGUCGGCCGGCUCUGGAUUUCCGUCGCCAGAUAUCAAAUUGAAGUGAAUCGAGUCCCAGCCGGCAACUGGGUGCUCAUCGAGGGAUGUGACCAGCCCAUCGUCAAAACGGCCACUAUCACAGAGCCCCGAGGGAACGAGGAGGCUCAGAUUUUCAGGCCGUUGAAGUUCAACACAGCGUCUGUGAUCAAAAUCGCAGUGGAGCCCGUUAACCCGUCAGAGCUGCCCAAGAUGUUGGACGGGUUGCGUAAGGUCAACAAGAGUUACCCCUCCCUCACCACAAAGGUGGAGGAGUCAGGAGAACACGUCAUUUUGGGCACAGGGGAGCUCUACCUGGACUGUGUCAUGCACGACCUGCGCAAGAUGUAUUCUGAGAUUGACAUUAAAGUUGCCGACCCGGUGGUGACCUUCUGCGAAACGGUCGUGGAGACGUCGUCUUUAAAGUGUUUUGCUGAGACGCCGAAUAAAAAGAACAAGAUCACCAUGAUCGCCGAGCCCUUGGAGAAGGGGCUGGCCGAGGAUAUAGAGAACGAGGUGGUGCAGAUCACUUGGAACAGGAAGAGGUUGGGUGAUUUCUUCCAGGCAAAGUACGACUGGGAUCUGCUGGCCGCCAGGUCCAUCUGGGCCUUCGGACCCGACACGACGGGGCCCAACAUCCUGGUGGACGACACGCUGCCCUCGGAGGUGGACAAGGCGCUGCUGGGCUCGGUGAAAGACAGCAUCGUUCAGGGUUUCCAGUGGGGCACCAGGGAGGGGCCGCUUUGCGACGAACCCAUCAGGAACGUCAAGUUCAAGAUCCUGGACGCUGUCAUUGCUCAGGAGCCGCUGCACCGUGGAGGGGGCCAGGUCAUCCCGACCGCCAGGAGGGUGGUGUACUCGGCUUUCCUCAUGGCCACCCCGAGGUUGAUGGAGCCGUACUACUUUGUGGAGGUUCAGGCGCCGGCCGAUUGCGUCUCCGCCGUCUACACGGUGCUCGCCCGGAGGAGAGGCCACGUCACGCAAGAUGCGCCCAUCCCGGGCUCUCCCCUCUACACCAUCAAGGCCUUCAUCCCGGCCAUUGACUCAUUCGGCUUCGAGACCGACCUUCGCACGCACACUCAGGGGCAGGCCUUCGCUCUGUCUGUCUUUCACCACUGGCAGAUUGUUCCCGGCGACCCGCUGGACAAAAGCAUCGUGAUAAGACCCCUGGAGCCUCAGCCUGCCCCCCACCUGGCUAGAGAGUUCAUGAUCAAGACCCGACGGCGCAAGGGUUUGAGCGAGGACGUAAGCAUCAGCAAGUUUUUCGAUGAUCCUAUGUUGUUGGAGUUGGCCAAGCAGGACGUGGUGCUAAAUUACCCCAUGUGAGUGCAAACUACACUGCGGCGAAAACUUUUUUUUUUUUUUUUUAAUACACAAAUCAAUGUACAUCCUGGUAAAUAUACAUUCAUCGUGGUUCUUAGUAUUUCGAUAAAACUGUUGUUGUAGAAUACACAAAAACACCCAAAAAACGUUUUUUAAGAACAUGCUGUUGAUUUGAAUAAUAAAAAUUCAAAUAAAAA